UUUUCUCAGUUUGACCUCGUGUGUGUCAAUGCCUGGAUGCUGGACCUCACGCAAGCCAUCCUAAACCUAGGCUUCCUGGCUGGAGCGUUCACCUUAGGCUAUGCGGCAGACAGGUACGGCAGAAUAGUCAUUUACUUGAUAUCCUGUUUCGGUGUCGGCGUCACUGGCGUGGUGGUGGCAUUUGCACCAAAUUUCCCCGUGUUUGUGGUCUUCCGCUUCUUACAAGGCGUGUUUGGAAAGGGGACAUGGAUGACUUCUUACGUAAUUGUGACAGAGAUCGUGGGUUCGAAGCAAAGGAGGAUUGUGGGAAUUGUGAUUCAGAUGUUCUUCACCCUUGGAAUCAUAAUUCUCCCUGGAAUUGCCUACUUUAUCCCCAACUGGCAGGGGAUCCAGCUGGCCAUAACGCUGCCCAACUUCCUCUUUCUCCUUUAUUACUGGGUGGUUCCUGAAUCUCCCCGCUGGCUGAUUACUCGGAAGGAAGGAGAUAAAGCCUUAAAAAUUCUGAGGAGCGUUGCCAAAUGCAAUGGGAAGUAUCUCUCACCCAGCUACUCAGAGAUCACUGUUACAGAUGAGGAAGUUAGUAAUCCAUCCUUUUUAGAUCUGGUGAGAACUCCCCAAAUGAGGAAGUGCACGCUUAUACUUAUGUUUGCUUGGUUCACGAGUGCGGUGGUCUAUCAAGGACUCGUCAUGCGCCUGGGGAUUGUAGGAGGCAACCUCUAUAUCGACUUCUUCAUCUCGGGGGUCGUGGAACUGCCCGGGGCUCUCUUGAUCUUACUGACCAUCGAUCGUUUUGGACGACGCCUUCCCUUCGCAGCAAGCAAUGUCGUGGCAGGGGUGGCGUGCCUCGUCACGGCGUUCUUACCGGAAGGAAUACCAUGGUUGAGGACCACGGUCGCCACUCUGGGAAGGCUGGGGAUAACCAUGGCCUUCGAAAUUGUUUAUUUGGUAAAUUCAGAAUUGUACCCAACAACAUUACGAAACUUUGGAGUUUCGCUCUGUUCGGGUUUAUGUGAUUUUGGGGGGAUCAUCGCCCCGUUUCUGCUCUUCCGGCUAGCGGCGGUUUGGCUGGAACUACCUCUCAUCAUCUUUGGUGUCCUGGCAUCUGUCUGUGGAGGACUCGUGAUGCUUUUGCCUGAGACCAAGGGCAUCACCUUGCCGGAGACAGUGGAUGAUGUAGAAAAGCUUGGCAGUCCACAUUCCUAUAUACGUGGCAGGAAAAAGAAAACCCCAGCGUCCAGCUCUCACCUUUGAGGCCCCCGCCGAAGACGAAAGGAAGGAGCUCUUUGGGCGACCCCAAGGAGCCAAAGUGCCUUGCAGAGACACGUGCGUGUCUGUUUCAGCCGCAUCUCCGUGCAGCAACAAGUGUUUUUUAAUACUUCACAAAGACAUUCAAACUCUCCAGAGUUAUUUUCGUAUACUGUCAGAUAAGAGGUCUUUUCUGAUAUUGGAACCAUGUCCCUGAGCCAUCGGCUCCACAGACACCAGAGAAGCUCCCGCGCAAUUCUCAUGACGGCUCCGUCCAGAAAGCAGGGUGAGCAAACCCAGGAUCUGGGGAAAGUGUACAGACGUGGCGUCAUCAAAUCCGAUCAGGGAACCAAGGCUCUGGACUGAGCGUUCUAAAGAUUCGCGGGAGGAUAAAGAUUGGGGAAUGCCGUUACUGCAGGGACCGGGGCGCACGGUACCGAGCUUCCCUUCUCUGCUCACCUUGAGCUCCGCGAGCCCCUGUAGCAUCUUGGGCGACAGCGUGUUUGGGCCUCGUUCCAUAAAUAAGAACAAAUCUGUUAUACGAUGGGACGGUUUGAUUCCGUUGUUUAUAAAAUCAGGUUUGGUCCUGAGAUGACUCGGGACAGUUUUGACCCUCUGUUAGUCAACACCUUGAGCCACAUAUUCAGUUCUUUACUGAAGAAAACCCAUGGACUAUGGUUUCAUGGGUCUUAAGAUUUUAACCACAAAGGUAUAUUUAUCUUAUAUUUGUGAGUUCAGUUCUAUGUCGGUGCCCACAGUCAAAAGUGAAAAACAGGCACAGCCUCAUUCAGUCUUGAUACUUUUCACUUGUUUGGGGAAGUAGCUUACAUUUUAAUUUACAAGAAAGGUCAAUUAUAUUCACACCUAAAAGAAUUAGCAGAAACUUUGUAAGUGACUUUAUAAAUACUAGUAAGGGAUUCGAUCUUUCUUUUUUUUAUCGCUGAGACUUUUGAAAUAUGGAGCUUAACUAUAAACAUGCUAUCUUUUUCUGACGUUCUGCUGUAUACGGUACAUUUGUUAUAUUUUCAGACUCAGUUUAUAUCUUACGCAGAAUUUUUUACUGAGUUAUUUUGUGUGGCCAGGCAAAAUGGACACCAAGGGGAAAUCUUGUCGAGGAGGAAGAAAAUUUUCGUGUACGACGUGUGUGCUAAUUGUAAAAUAAGCUCUUUGAUCCUCGAAAUACAUCCGGAUGGAAUGAGAAUGUUUUAAUUUUCAACAAAACAAACACGGCUCUUGGAGGACACAGCGCUACAUUUCCCCUUUAUUCACGCACACUUGCUUCGGGCUCUCCUCGCAUUUCUCUUUGAUGUAGGAUGCCUGAUGCUCUUCAGUACCUACCACCUUUGAAUUGUAUUUCGAGUUGAUAUUUUGGGCCUGAUAACAAUAAAAAAUGGAAAUUGUCCAGAAAAAUCAGUAUCGAUCUUCUCUCUUCCUUUGAACACGGGUCCAUAAAACACUAUCCCCAAGUGACAGUGUCUGCUGCAUACCUGGGCAGCCAAUUAGUAAUGGAGAUGAGGUGGUUCAUUGUUCCUUUACAGGCCAUUGGCGCCACUCCUAGACCAUAGGUGACCCAGAAUAACAUUCAGACUCUUGGCUGGUCUCGUGUUACACUUCCAUUGCCCGAUGUACCUCGUGAUACACAACCCCGCCCAGUGUCCCCUGUACUGGGCUAACGUCAAGUUGUCCAUAACAGAUUUCACUCCCAGGAAUAAAAUUUGUUCUCAUGACUCCCCAUGCACAUUACAGCUUUCAACCCGUGCAUCUCAGUGCCAGGAAUAAAGACAUUAAAGAUAUGUGUCAAGCUGUCUUUCGCCACCAAGGUAGACAUAUGGGUGACUUAUGAGGACUUCUCUAUGAUUUCACAGGCUUAGUCUCAUACUAUUCCUUGUGAGAA